AUGCUGCGUAAGCACAGGCACGGCGAAGACCGAGAGAGGACGGACAGUCUUGGCCGGCAGGCAUCGGCCGGCCUGGGUGGAAUACGAGGAGGUGCCCGUACAAAGCCAAGGGCGAGGCUGUUUGGGGUGAGGGGUGAGGGGUUCCUGGAUCCGUCGCUGCAGCAUGUUCUGAGAGGCGGAGAGCAAAUGGAAAAAGCACCCCGGUCUUCUGGAAGCAAUGACACGUCCCAAUUCAGUGGUGUCCGAAAACAGAAGCUGCGACGGUCCAGGCUGACGGCUAACGUAAGCAGAGAUGGCCAGUCGGCCGUCAGAUUGCAGCAUAAGCACGUCGGCAAUAUUCGCAUUAUUCAUCCACUUGCCUCUGAGGUCAGCAAAUACGAAUCGAGGCGCCACCGCAGCGAGGCGCUGCGAGCGUGCGCCCAGUCAGCCCUGCGAGACCGUCUCCCUUCUUCGUCUCAUCCAUCAAGCCCAGCGCGUCCGUCUGAUCGGUCUCACGCCUGGCGAUCCGGCGACAAGACACUGCAGCCCCAUUAG